AUGACGAUUCAGACGACGACGGUUGUUCGAGCAGCGCUGACAAACAAGAGGCUUUUAUCGACGAUGCCUCGCACUCCUUUACGCGUUCUUGGGGCCGCGAAGAGUCGUCACGCGACUCCUCUUCCCCGCGAUGAGAUUCCGUCGUCGUCGUCGAAUGUGUUUUUAACGAACGCGCGAGGAAAGCCCCGGCGGUUUAAUAAAGGGAGAAAAAAAGUUUCAAAAAAGAUGGCACUCGAGGAAGGUUCAGAAGAUGUCGUUUCUGUUGUUGACGUAAAUUCGAGCUCGGUGGACGAGUUCAUCCUCUCGCCUCCGGAUUCGGAAAUCAUAACCGAAGAUAUCAACGAGUUACAAAAACGAGACUUAACGAGUCAAGCCAUCGAGAACACCUUACCGUCACCGCAAACGGCGAAAGUGACAUCGGUUGCUGAACUGAUCGCGUUUACGUUACCAACGAUGGCGAUAUGGUUGUGCGAUCCAAUUUUGAGUUUGUUAGAUACCGCGAUGGUUGGAUUGACGUCGACGAUUGAGUUGGCGGCGAUAUCGCCGGCGAGCGUGUACGUGGGGCACACGUGUUACAUUUUGUGUUCGGCAUUUGCGGUGAGCGCGACGACGUUGAUUGCGAGAGACCGGAUUGUAGCGAGGAGGAAGAAUACGCCGGAAGCGGUGGAGGAAGAUGCGAGGACGGUGAACGAUGUUUUGGUCAUGAGUACCGGGAUGGGGUGCGUCGUCGCCGCGAUUCUUUUCGCGUUUCACGUUCCCGGGUUGACGAAGUACGUCGGGGCGAAUUCGUUGGCGUUGAUUCCUUACGCGGCGACGUAUGCAAAGAUUAGAUUGAUAGCGUUUCCAGCGGCCAUCGCUUGCUCUGUGAUGCAAUCCGCGCACUUGGCAACGGAAGAUCCGUACACGCCUUUAAAAGCGACGUUGGUCGCCGCCGCGAUCAACGGCGUCGGCGACUUCGUGGCGGUGUUUUUCUUGAAAGCUGGGAUCGCCGGGGUGGCGUGGGCGACAACUUUCGCGCAGAUUGUGGUGACCGUGUUGUUCGUCAGAGCGAUGGUUACGAGAGGAAAGAAAUGCGACGCGAGAAAAGAUGAUUUGGGGUACCGGUUAAACGGGCCGCCGCCGUUGCGGAUGCCUUUGCGAUUGCCGAGUUUAGCGGCGAUUAGUCGAAUUGGAAAGAUUGCCUCGCCGGUAUUUUUCGUGACGUUAGUGAAAGCUAUUUUCGUCGGAAGUACGAUUCGUUCGGGAACAGCUUUAGGACCGGCAUUUUCUGCCGCGAACGGGGUUAUGUUCACCGUGUACUUCUUCUUCGCGGUGAUCGGCGACGGCGUGUCGCAAGCUGCGCAAACGUUCUUACCGGCGCAGUUAGGCGACGAAACGAGAGCGUUUGAAAUGGCCAAACGCUUAUUAUUGGCCGCUCUGUGCAUCGGAUGUUUCUCCGCUGUUUUCUCUAGAAUUGUUCCUGUCUACUUCCCGUAUUCCUUCACCACAGACAGCACGGUCGCGGCUUUGAUGAAAGAAAUCUCCCCGGUGUCUUCCUUGGCGUUGCUUUUACACACCAGCUCCAUGGCCUCCGAGGGAUGCUUAUUAGCUGGCAGAGAUACCAAAUUCAUGUCCAUGGCGUACGUCCCAAACGCCCUUCUCGCUUGGAUCGGUUUAGGGUUCACCUUAAAAGCCGGUUUCGGCAUCCAAGCCGCCUGGUUCGCGCUCGCGCAGUUUCACUUCGUCCGCUUAAGCGUGAACUCUUGGCGCUUGCUCUCCCGCCAGUCCCCGCUCAGGAAGCAGUUGAAAGAAGACUGA